AUGGCGGCCGCUGAGGGAGAGCCGUCUGUGGUGACCCUGGAGUCGCUGCCUGCCGAUCCCCUGCUUACCAUCUUUACUCUUUUGGACUACCGAGAUCUCGUCAAUUGUAGUCUCCUCAAUCGAAGAUUUAAUCAGAUAGCAAGUUAUGAUCUGCUGUGGAGAAGGUACUGUACAAAGUAUUGGUUGGUAACUGAGGAAGAGAAAGUACAGAAGAAUGAGUGCUGGAAAUCUCUCUUCAUAGGCUUUUAUUUGGAUGUAGGAAGAUACAUUGACCAUUAUGCCACUAUUAGAAAGGCCUGGAAUGACCUCAAGAAAUAUUUGUGGUCCCGGUGCCCUCUAAUAGUUUUGUCUCUGAAAGAAGGCCUCAGUGAGGAAGAGCUUGACGCCAUUGAGGCCCAGAUUGGUUGCAGGCUUCCGGAUGAUUACCGGUGUUCAUUCCGUAUUCACAAUGGUCAAAAGUUAGUGGUUCCUGGGUUGUUCGGAACUAUCCAACUGCUAGAUCACCAGCGUUCUGAAGAUUUUUUAGAUGCUAUGCUGGCUGCUGGAGGAUUCCAGCCAAAACGGGGACUGAAAUACUGUCUGCCUUUAACUUUCUGUGUACAUACUGGUUUGAUUCAAUACCUAGCUGUGGAAGCAGCAGAAGGCCGAAACAAAAAUGAAGUUUUCUACCAUCGUUCAGAGCAAAUGACUCAGAGUUCUGAUAUUGAAAUGUUUAUCACCGGUUCUUCUUUUACUGAUUGGUUUACUUCUUAUGUUAAUGAUGUCGUAUCUGGUAGAUUCCUUGUCACCAGAAACCAAAUUUUGAGAUACAUGCAAGAUCCAGACUGUGUAGCAACAACCGGGGACAUAACAGUUUCAGUUUCUACAUCGUUCCUGCCAGAACUCAGUUCUAUUAACCCACCUCAGUAUUUCUUCUCAUACCAAAUCAAGGUGGAAAUGUCAAGAGAUGCACUUCCUGAUGAGGUUUGUCAGUUGUACAGUUGCUGUUUGAAAGUGACCAAUUCUAACGGAGAUGUGGAAGUUAUUCGAGGGCCUGGAGUAGAGGAUGAGCUUCCAACACUCACCCCAGGUCAGAAGUAUGAAUAUUUCGGCUGUACCAUAUUCAGUACAAUAUCGGGCUAUAUAGAAGGAUAUUAUACUUUCUAUUUACAGCGCUUUAAAGAAAGGAUCUACAAUGUUGCCAUUCCCCGAUUCUACCUGGAAUGUCCAAAAUCCGUGGUGUUUAGAGCUACAUAA